CUUGUGUUAGAUUCAUUAGCCUAUGAAUAUAUUUGGAAUUGAAUUGAAUUACAUUCUAAUUUAAAAACAAAUGAUAAGUUUGUGAUGGCCCUGCAGAGUUCGGUAUAGGUAGGGAGGACUGUAUAUAUACAAACAGACUGUUUACGGUUACAGUAUAAUAAGAAAUUCAUAUUUCUAUGCACCAUUAGAUACGAUGGUUUCGGCGAAGAUAACGAACAUUUAAAUUUGACACAUAUAUUAGUAUUUGAAUCUCCUUUACUUAGUACUGGAUAACACCUAAGCAUACAUUUUUCAUGUCUACUAAUGUAACGAUGCCUUUGUCAUCCUUUAUAACAUUGAUAUAGACCGGAACAUCAGACAGACCCACUUAAAGAGGAAGAAUGGUAAUGUAUUAUUUGAAAAUUUACUUUUGGAGGGAAACAUUGAUUACUUUUAUCCUGAAAUCCAUAUUUACAAAAACUAAAAAGGGUUUUUGUUUUUUUUACCGUUCCCAAGUCAAUAAUGAAUCGGGUUAGUCCAUUCUGCAGGUAAAGGGUAUUUUAUGCAUGUCAUUAACUUAAAUGAUAUGGUAUUGAUGUAUCUCGAGAGACUUCUGGACUAAUUUUGGAAUUAUUUCAACGAAUAUAAAUAGUUUGAAUUUGAAUGUAUUUCAAUAAAAAAGAAAGGAAAUGCAUUGGAUACACGGUCUGGUCCUAUUCUCUUUGUUGAAAGUUUCCAGCGGAGAUAUGUUCAACAUUACCCCUCGACUAGUGGAUAAACAAUCAGAUGGCAAUCCCAUGGAGAGCACAACAGCAUCGACAAUAUCAAAAUGCGCCAAUCUGUGUCAGAGGAGCACUUCCUGUUCCGUGUUCCGGUAUAACAACAACUCUCAUGAAUGUGGACUGUACAGCGGUCAGAAUUACAGAGAUGUUGGAGCAGACGUCGGGAGCAGCCACUUCCAAAAAAUGCCGAGCGCGUCUUCUUGUACACCUGGAAUUGACGAGUGGUUUCCAGAUUCGGGUCUAUGUAUCUAUAUUCACACUGACCCUAUUCCGUACAGUGCCGCCCAAACUGUAUGUCACGCAAUGUCCAGGGAAUUAGUCAGCCUGCAGACCACGGCGAAAUAUCUCGCCUUCAAGGCACUCAUGUCCCGCUUAGACUUCAAUUCUAUUCAUCUGUACAGUGAGAGAAUCAACUCUAAGUCGUACCAGUGGCAGGACGGCUCUCCGGUCAAUAACCACUGGUGUCCUCAUCAGCCGGACAAGAUAGACGAUUGUCUGGGAAUGUUAGUGGCUGAUCACUGGUGUAUGGGCUGGGGAAUAGACGACAGCACAUGUAUGAUUCAGAGACGGUUCUUCUGCGAAUAGCGAUUUGCUGCUCCACAGCUUACGUCACGGGCGAGAAACCAUUAAAAAACUGAAAGGGGGUGUUCAGAAAUUCACAAAAUGGGUUGACAGUGUCACCCUCCGAUGGAACUGAAUUCGCAAAGAUAUCCACCACAUUAUUCGUUUGACUCAAAUAGGUGUCCUAGUGUCACUGAAGAGCAUAGAAAUCACCAGAAUAUCACUUUCCUGUUUAGCAAACUUAGGGUUUGGCGAUCACCCAUUCAUAUGACGCUGACAGUAUUCUCUUCUUAAUGAGAGAAAUUGAGAGGCCUAACCUACAUCCAUGAUGAAGAUGUGGGCUAUGUCUUUUCUAAAGAAAAUACGCUGAAAGCCUCAUGAACUGUUAAAAUUUGUUUUCUUUGCUUAGAAAUAGCUCUUGUCACUAAAGAAAUAAUCAAUCAUUUAUUCAAAAACUUCUACGUGAGAAGAAAAAUCUCUUGCUAUGGCCUUAAAUUCGACAUUUAGUUAUAUCGACGACGUUUUAUCUAUUAACAAUAACUUUCAUUCAUAUCUCGAUAUAUCCCUGUGAACUCGAAAUAAAAGACACCACAGAGUCGUCCACUUCA